AUAUAUAUAUAUAUAUAUAUAUAUAUUAUAAACACGUGAAUUAAAUAUAAUUAUUAAAGGAUGGUCGUUUAUCGUAACGUUCAAAAUACACAUCGUCCAACUACAGCUUCUUUAACAUUGGUUAUAAAAGUCGGUACAUCUUCCAUAUGUGAUGAAGCUUCUCAUUAUCCUUUGCUUGGUAAUCUCUCUCGUAUUGUGGAAACUAUUAUCAAACUUAAGAAAUUAGGUCAUCGUGUUGUUCUUGUUACAAGUGCUGCUGUUGGUACCGGUUUAAGAAGAUUAAAUAUGGUAGAGAAGCCAAAGAAAUUGUCGUCUAUUCAGGCUAUUGCUGCUGUAGGUCAAGGUCGUUUAAUGAGCAUGUAUGAUGAUCUAUUUGAUCAGUUUAAUCAACCUGUAGCUCAAAUUUUACUUACUCGAAAUGAUUUAGCUGAUCGAUCACAAUAUUUAAACGCCGUGAAUUGUCUAGAAGAGCUUUUAGAUAUGGGUGUUGUACCUAUUGUCAAUGAAAAUGAUUCUAUUUCUGUCAAGGAGAUCAAAUUUGGUGAUAAUGACACGCUAUCAGCUAUUACAGCCGGUAUGGUGAAAGCAGAUUAUCUCUUUUUAAUGACAGACGUUGAUUGUCUGUAUACAGAUAAUCCUCGAAGUAAUCCAGAGGCACGUCCGGUCCUUGUUUGUGAAGAUAUCGAGCGUCUUAAAAACCAAGUGAAUGUCAGUACACAGGGCUCCUCUCUUGGUACAGGUGGUAUGAUUACAAAACUGGUUGCUGCUGAUCUCGCCACCGCCGCAGGUGUCACUACUAUCAUUGCACGUGGCGCUGUACCUGAAAAUAUCUUGCCUAUCAUUGAUCCCUCCGUGUCUGAUCCAAAGAAUAUUCCACUUCAUACUCGCUUUGUUGCAAAGCCUCAACCUCUAGUAGAUCGUAAAUGGUGGAUUCUUCAUGGCUUACAUACAGCAGGUACUGUCUAUGUUGAAAGUGAUAUGACGGAUGCUAUUCAUAACGGUCAAGUUGAGAAUGAUCUUCUUGUUAGUUCUAUAUCCAAAGUGGAGGGUACAUUUGUUGAACAUCAGGCUGUUCGUUUAGUUGUACAACAUAAUAACAAUCAAGGUCUUAUCGAUAACAUUACUAUUGCUAAGGGUAUUGUUAAUUAUUCUUCAGCUGAGAUUAUGCGUAUCAUGCUGUCAAAGCAAAGCAAUAUAGAUGAUUCUCUUGGUUAUAAGGAUGCUAACUGUAUUAUUAAUCGUGAUAAUAUGGCCAUUUCAUUAUAAAAAAAAAGAAAAAAAAAAGAGUGAUGAUUUAACGUAUUGAAAACACAUACACACACACACACACA